AAUGGAAGAAUAACAUUUGACAUUUUCUUAAAGACACGCUUAGAAGUUUAAUGGAGCAUUAAUAGAGAUGAUAUCGAUGGCUUUAUUUGCUUAUGGGUAUAAAAAUGUGAGAAUUUAGGAUUGUAUGUUCAAAUGGAAGUGAUGGUAAGAUAGCGUUAGCAUUUUUUGGAUCUUUAGCCUUAUGUGCACCAAUUAGUGGUGGACAUAUAAAUCCAGCUGUAAUUUAGAUGUAAUAAAUAGGUGACAUUAGCAAUGUGGCUGACUAGAUAAAUAUCAACUGGUACUUGUCUAUUAUAUUGGAUUGCUUAACUGAUUGGUGCAUUUGGUGGUGGAUUCUUUUGUUAUAUGGUUUUGGGAUAAAUCAAUAGUCCUAUGGUGACUGAUUUAAAUUUUCAUUGGAUAAUUGCUGACUUAUGUGGUGAAGCUCUUGGAUCCUUUUCUUUCAUUCUAAUGAUAUUAAUUUAAUGUAAAAUCUGUAAAUAAUUGAAAGGCAAUCCUAAAACGACUUUCUCUGAUAAACCAAUAGCAAGUAUUACUCUAAUUACUUUGUCAUUACAUUUAUCAAGAUGUUACACUUUCCAUUCUGGAGGUAUAAUAAAGCUUAAUAUAAUAGGUUGUCUAAAUCCUGGAAUGGCAGUAGCCUUGGAAUUAUUUUAAGUAUUAAAGACUAAUGAAAUUGAAAGAUUAGAUUCUAUGUGGGUAUUUAUAGCAGGACCUUUUGCUGGAGCCAUAUUUGCUGUAAUAUUCUUUAAAUUAAUUUAUUCACCAGCAUUUAAUAGAUAUUAUAAGAAUGCAUGAU